AUGGUCGGCCACAAUUCUCAACCAGCCCUCCCGCCGCUGUUAAGCAAGUUCAGCCUCUUCGCGGACCUGCCAACGGAGGUUCAAUGUACGAUAUGGAGGUUCACUCUACCUAUCACGAUGAUCCGCGUGGAUGAAGCCCGCUGUCCAGUAAUCGAGCUCCCAGAGCCAUCCGAAGGAGACUUGUGCGGCGAAACCCCCGAUUUCAAAGAUGUCCCAAAAUAUCCGCCGGGCAUCGUGGCUCUCAAAGUCUGCCACCAGAGUAGAAUGGUCGCUCUGGAGAAUCUCGUGCCAUUAUCGAGACCUUUGACGAGUCCCAGGUAUAUAACUUGCAGCUAUAUUUCUACACACGACAUUAUCGACGUCGGGUUCCUCACGUCUCUAGAAGAAUACCGUGUCAUGAAGGACGAUACAUAUGGCCCUGUCGGUAAUCUUGCGCGGAUAAAGCGCGCUGUAGGGAUGAGAGGGUGGGUAACCGAUGUUUUAGAGAUUAGCCAGGAGAAGUUCCUAUACGAUAUGGCCUCCCGCCAUCUCUCCGUGGUAAUUUGCCCAAAAGCCACAACCGACGUACAUCCACAAAAACCUCUGUUGCGACAAGUCUUCGCCAUCCGCUCCUCGUCCCUUGAAGAAUGGAUUUUCGGCUCCCGCAUCACUAUCGGCGACGUGCCCCAGGCCAUACGCAAUUUCUCCAAGCGCGACCCUUUGGAAUGGGAGAACUAUAACAGCGCCACCCUCAUCGGAGGGUCCCGGUACAACAGCCGGUACAAACUUGCAGGAUUAUGCUCGAGCCCGGAGGAAAUCCUGAUUGCGUGGGUAUGGUUCUUGCACAAGCUAGCCUACGCGCCGCAUAGGCUACAUUUAUCACGUUCGCACGAUAGUGGUCCCCCGGGCUUCAUGUCCAUCGUGCGGAUAUUCGUUGCCAUUAUGGAUGGCGGUCAGUGCCCCUCGUGCAAACGCGCCAUUUUACAGCGUAUCAAAGAGUCCUACCCACAGCUACCGUUUGACAAAGUCGAUAUCCUAUUCCGCCUCAACCAGUCUGGUGUCCCGCGGGAGUAA